UUUAACGGUCUCUUUGAUCGCAAGCCAACUCUGAGCAGGGACAUUAACAGAGACAAUUAGGAACCAACAUAUAAGGAAAAGGAUCCCUUUCUCUUUGCAUUCUCAGCAUAUUAUCCAAUUAUACAUAUAAAAACUUCCUCCGCGUCACUACUUGUCAUUUACACCACAGGGCACCGCUCACAAUGUCCCGCUUUUUUCGUGCUGGAGAGAGCGACUCUGACGACACAGAGUCCGAUUACUCUGAUGAGCUGACCAACUCUGAAUCUGAAGACCAGUCUGAUUCAGACGCUUCUGAAUCUGAAUCCGACUCAGACGAUCAGCAAGGCAAAAAAAUUGGCCGUGGUCGUUUUUUUGAGGGAUCUCUCUCGGACUCUGACAGUGAGGAUGACACAGUUCGCGUAGUCCGUUCUGCAAAAGAUAAGCGAUUCGAGGAGAUCGAACAAGCAGUGACUGCAAUGAACAAUGGCCAAAAGAUCAACGACUGGGUCUCUGUUCAGACUGAGUUCGAUCGUGCCAAUAAGGCUUUGCAAAAGGCUGUAGGCAUUAUUGCACAGACGGGUGUCCCUAAAUUUUAUAUCAAGGCUGUGGCCGAAUUGGAGAAGACGGUUCAGAGCACGUUGGAUAAGGAAAAGUCGGCAGCCAAGAAGAUGAAUGCCUCCAAUGCCAAAGCUCUCAACUCGAUGAAACAAAAGAUCAAGAAGAACAAUCGCCUGUACGAGAAGGACAUCCAGGAGUACGAAAAAGAUCCAGAGAACUACGAUGCUGAAGAGGAAGAGGCUAUUGAGAUUAAACCAAAGAUCAAGAAACCAAAGAAAGUUGUUGACUCUGACUUGGAGGAGGAAGAGGGUGAGGAGGUCGACGAUGGUUUUACCCCUGUGGGAGCAGGCGGAAAGACAGUCGAAUUUAAUCAGGAGAACUUGUUCAAGAAGUUGCGUGAAGUUGUAGAUGCACGUGGAAAGAAGAACACAAACCGUGAAGAGCAAGUCCGAAUCCUGGAGAGACUUCUUGUGGUUGCCAACACGCCUUACCAAAAGAUUCGCGUCCUAUUAAACCUGAUUUCAACGCAGUUUGACUUUGCAGUUGGUCUUUCAGGAUAUAUGAACAUUUCUCUCUGGAAGAAUGCUGAGAAAUAUCUGAAUAAUCUUUUGGCCAUUCUGGAAUCCAACAAUGACUACAUUGUCAAAGAAAAUGUGCCAGAAGAGGAUGAUAACGACAAAGACCGCUUGCCUCAAAAUGGUGAGGCUGUUUUCAUUCAAGGCUCUAUUGUUGCCUUUAUUGACCGUCUGGAUGAGGAGUUCACAAAGUCGCUCCAGAAUAUCGAUCCUCACACAACUGACUAUGUGGAUCGUCUCAAAGACGAGGUCAGCCUCUAUGCUGUCAUUGUUCGGUCCCUCGCAUACUUCAAUCGUCUUGACGCUACGGAUGCAAUCUGUCGCACUACUAUGAGACGUCUAGAACACGUGUACUUUAAGCCCAACAAUGUUGUUGUUGCUGUUGAGAACGCUAUUGCUUCGCUUUUGCCUGCUGACAUUGUCAAGCCUUCUGAAGACGCUACCAGCUUGGUUCAUGAUCUCUGUGUAGAUCUUUACAAGAAUGGCAGCUCACUACAAAGGACCCGCGCGAUGCUUUGCCACAUUUAUCACCAUGCACUUGAAAACCGCUUCUUCGUCGCUCGCGACAUGUUCCUGAUGUCACAUCUGCAGGACACUAUCCAUCUGGCCGAUAUCAUCACCCAGAUCCUUCAUAACCGCGCCAUGGUUCAGUUGGGUAUGUGUGCAUUCCGUGCUGGCAUGAUCAAAGAGGCUCACAGUUGUCUGCAAGAUAUUUCUGGUACGGGCCGUGUCAAGGAGUUACUAGCCCAAGGUCUUUCCCUCCAACGUCAUAGUACCGCUAGCCCGGAUCAAGAGAAGAUUGAGCGCCAACGCCAGUUCCCCUUCCACAUGCAUAUUAACCUCGAACUCUUGGAAUGUGUUUACCUGACAUGCUCUAUGCUCCUCGAAAUCCCCAACAUUGCUUCAACAGCGAUCAACCCUGAGAACCGCAAGAAGAUGAUCUCGAAACCCUUCCGCCGCAUGCUUGACUACAACUCUCGCCAAGUCUUUUCAGGUCCUCCAGAGAAUACUCGUGAUCACAUCAUGGCUGCCUCCAAAGCACUUGCCAAUGCGGAAUGGCAAAAGUCAGUCGAGUGGAUUAGCGCCAUCAAAAUUUGGGACUUGAUACCUGAGAGUAGAAAGAUCAAGGAGAUGCUCGGUCAUAAAAUUCAGGAGGAAGGCCUUCGUACGUAUUUAUUCAGUAACGCCAACUAUUAUUCAUCCAUCAGUCUCGAGUCUUUGGCCAAAAUGUUUGACCUUUCAUUGAGAACUACCACAUCGAUUGUCGCCAAGAUGGUGUGGAUUGAGGAACUCUCAGCGAGCAUUGAUCAAGUUACCAAUAUUGUGGUCUUGCAUCACUUACAAUUGACUCGAUUGCAGACUUUGGCUCUUGCCUUUGCAGAGAAAGCUGCUGGAUUCGUGGAGAGCAAUGAGAAACUGUUGGAGACCAAGACACCUCAGCAAGGAGAACGCUCAAAGAAGGGAACUAACGCAAGUAAGGAGCAAGGACCAGGAAAGCAGCAGCAACAGCGUACUAUGGGCGCUCGUGGCAAUACUCGCGGAGGACGUAAUCAAUUUAACAAAGGACUUGGAAACAGCGUGAGAGGAGGUCGCAAGUAGUUGCCUCGAGGAUAUUCAUCUUUUUUUACUUUUAUUUUUUCUUUUUACUAUCAAUCUCAGUAUUAGCUUUCCUCUCAUAACUCUUCUCGCUCUCAACACGCGUUUGCUUUCUUUUACACGCACACACGCACACGCAUACACGCAUACACGUAUAUACACAUACUCACACCCAUUGCUUUCUUUGAGCAUUUUCAAAAGACAUGCUCAAUAUGCUACGCCUGUCUUUUUAUCAUUUAGACUUUUAUCAAUUUUUAUCUCUUUUUAUUUAUAUUUAUAUAUAUUUGUUAAUAGUGUAUUUCCUCACUGGCAGAGAUAUGAUGCAUUAUAUAAAGAAGAAAAAAGGACGAAGGCGGAGGAAGCAGUUGUUGAAUAAAG